AUAACAUGAUAGUAGUUAAUAACAUUAAUCGGAUGAAUUUUUUUUGUUUACGUUUAAUAAUGUAGAAGUUUUUCUCAAACAACAAGAGUUAAAAUUAUUAUUUUUUCCUAUAAUUUCAAAGUUAUUACAACAAUAAAUAAUUGUGGAAGAUGAAAUUAAUUUGUCAUAUGAAACAAUUAUGUAAUUUAUGUUAAAGUUUCUACGAAUCAUCCGACCGGUAAAAUGGAUUUGGUGUAUUCGAUAUUUCGUAAACAAGCAUGGAAAACUCAAUUUCAAAAUGAACAAAUGGAAGAAGAUAUGUGUUUCAAAUGUUUAGCUAAAAUAUCAUCGAAUAAUGUUGUAGCUUGGGUAACAACUUUUGAUUUAGAUGAUCAUGUUAAUAUCAAUUGGGGAUCACAUGUUUACAUAGCUGAUCUUAAUGUACCAUGGAAAUAUCAUAAAAUAAUGUCUAACAAUUGUACAAUUACUACUUUAGAAUGGGAUAUGUAUGGUUAUUCAUUGUUAAUUGGUGACAAAAAUGGCAUAGUUUCGGUAUGGACGUGUAGUAAUGAUCAUAAUCUUACAAAUUGGGUUCAAGUAGGUUCAAAAGACUUUCGAGGUGAACCAAUCAUAGCAGGAACAUUUUUCCAUCUAGGAAAAAAAUUGAUGCUCGUCAAUGAGAAAGCAGAUAGCAUAAAUUACUUUGAAAAAUUUAAUUAUGUACGUUUUACACCUUCAUUGAGAGUUUGGGGCGGUACAGGUCUACCAGGUUGUUUAGUUAUCUCUGCAACUGGAAUGAUUGCUGCUCUUUUAAUAAAUGAUAAUGGUGAACCUAUGAUAUCUGCCACAAAUAGUUUAGCAGUAGCCAGAUAUCGGAUAUCUGUUGUUGAUAUUAGUUAUAGACAAAAUGGAAAUUUUCUUAUUGUAACUUCAGACGGGCGACCGAGAUCACCUAUUCACUGUUAUGAAGUUUCUGUUAAGCUUUUGAAAGAAAAAAGUUGUACCAUAAUAUCACAGUGGCUACCCAGUUUUUUUUUGACAUUUAAUGAGACUAUUGAUAGAGUUAUAUCCCAUGUUAAGUUUUUACAGCGGGAAGGUUCCGAAUCACUCGUCAUUGGUAGUAACAGUAAUAAUGGGUGUAUAAUAGAAACUUGGGAAUUAGUAAAAAAAACUAACCCUGUUAAUAAAGUGUUUAAAAAGCUAAUUACUGAAGACCAUCCUACAGUUUGUUGGAUAAAAAAGAGUUCAUUUACUAUUAGUGCUCAGUUAACUGCAUUGGCUACACCUAAAAUGUCAAUAACAUAUAAUCAGUCAUCAAACAGUCAAUUUAUAGUUGCCGCUUUUAGUAAUCAUCAAGUUUGUUGUCUAUCGAGAGACUUGACCCAACAAUGUUUAUUUGAACUUAGUAGUUAUUGUGAAGAUAAUAUAGGUAAAAUUGGCUUACAACAUAGUUCUAAUAUUCAGUUUUCAGAUCUUGACAUUUCUUACUUAGGAAAUGUUUUUGUUGUAUGUGAUAAUAUGGGUAAUUUAUACUUGUUUCAAUUAUUAUCAGUAGCCGAGUUAAAUGGACCAUUAACUGUUGCUUAUGCUACAAUGCAACUUGAAUAUUGUUUAGUAACUGGUCUUGAUUGGUGGGACCUAGCAAUUUCAUUAAGACCUAAUAUGUUAGAAGCAGUAUGUAAUCGUUUUACUGAAAAUUUUCAAAAACAAUCUCAAGUACUUCAGCAAAAAGAAUAUACUACAUAUUUAAGUAUUCGUUCUUUCCUUUAUAAAAUGAUGCCUGGAGCACAAUCAAAAAGAUCAGAUCUCAUGCACUUAAUGACUUUACACUCUAUAUCAAAUGCUUUCAAAAAUGUAUUACGUGUGAGUGAUAUAAUGGCUGAUCGUGAUCCAGCUGAAAGUUUAGUAUCUGUACUUAAAGAGCCAAUAGUUGACAUAGAUAAAAUUUUACCUAGCUUAGGUGGGAAAGAUUUUACAGUAGAACCGAGUACUUUACAAUCCCUACAUCAACUUAUUCAAUGGGUAGCUCAGCUAGCUCUAAAUGUUAUUGUCAGGAUACCAGAACUUCGUGAUAGUGCUGGUUAUAAUUUAUUGAAUGAUUUAUAUGCUAUUAAUACAAUACGGGAAUUGUUAGUAAUGAUACGUAUUUGGGGUUUAUUAAGACCUAAUUGUCUUCCUGUCUUUAUUAAAAAUAUUGAUAAUCUUGAUGUUCUUUCUGUAACAUUUCGUAUAUUGUCACGCUUUGUUCAACUUUGUGGAGAUCAUGAUGAUAUGUUAUUUGAUGAAUGUUACACACUUCAAAGUCAAGUUAUAAUUACACCCAUUUCUUCAGUGGCUGCUGGAAUUCAUGAAGUAGCAUCACCUGCUUUAUAUUAUCAACAUUUACCUUUAAAACUGGUUUUUGGGCAAGAACCAGAUUGUUUGAGAUACACUACACCUACUAUUGAUACUAUUUCUAAUGGUAAACAAUACUCAGAUUAUAUCAAUGAUUAUGAUGUAAUUAGAAAUGUUUAUAUUGGUAAAUGCCCAUUGACAAUAAAACAAUGCAAUCGAUGUGAAGGAAAAAUGCAGUUAGCUGGUUCUUCAAGAACUGCAGCAAUAAGAGUCUGGGAAAAUAGAUGGGCAAGAAACUGUCGAUGUGGAGGUAGAUGGCGAACUGUUAAAGUUGGAACAUAAAAAAUGGAAAGUAUUUAAUGAAAAUCAUUUAAAAUUAACGUACAAAAUUUGUAUAAUCUCAAAGAAUCAGCCUUAAAAUAGUCCACAAUUCCCUGUUGUAUAUAUUAAUUACCAAAUAAAAAUGGGAUGUAAAAAAAAUGUAAAUUUAAAAUUAUACAAUUUAGUAUUAUAUAAAAUGUCUCUAUAUCUUUUAUAGUAAUUAUUAAAAA